AUGUCUUUCCGUGGUCGUGGUAACGCUUCUGGUGCCAACCGGGGAGGUUUCGGUGGUGGCCGUGGUGGUCGCGGAGGCUUCCAGCAGUCAUUCGGCCCCCCAGCCCAGGUUCUGGAGUUGGGUUCCGUGAUGCACUCUUGUGAGGGUGAGAUGGUCUGCGAGUCCAUCAACCCCAAGAUUCCUUACUUCAACGCUCCUAUCUACCUGGAGAACAAGACUCAAAUCGGCAAGGUCGACGAAAUCCUCGGUCCCAUUAACCAGGUCUACUUCACCGUCAAGCCUCAGGACGGUAUUGUCGCCACUUCCUUCAAGGCUGGUGACAAGGUCUACAUUGGUGGAGAUAAGCUGCUUCCUCUCGAGAAGUUCCUCCCCAAGCCCAAGCCUCCCCCAGGAGCUGCCAAGCCCAAGCGCGCCGGCGGUGGUGCUCCCCGUGGUCGUGGUGGAUUCGGUGCUCCCCGUGGUCGCGGUGGAUUCGGUGCCCGUGGUGGUGCUCCCCGUGGCCGUGGUGGCUUCGGCGGUGGUCGUGGUGGUGGUUUCGGUGGUAGCGGUGGUUUCUCCCGCGGCGGCGGCGGUGGCUUCUCUCGUGGAGGUGCUCGCGGCGCUCCCCGUGGCGGUGGUGGCUUCCGCGGUCGCGGAUAUUGA